AUGUCUUUGUCAUUCCCCGCUUCUUCCUCGCCUUUUACGCGGGCUGUGGUGAGUUCCAUGAGGAAGCUCUAUCCAGAAUCUUUGGCAGAUAAGAGCUUUGAUAAUACCGGCCUACUUCUUGAAGCACCCUUCAAUCCUCAGCGAAGACGGAAAAAUUCAGUGUUAUUGGCCAUUGAUCUCACAAAAGCUGUCGCCGAUGAAGCUAUUGACCGCGGGGAUUCAGUAGUAGUCGCCUACCAUCCGAUCAUUUUCCGCGGCCUCAAAUCCCUCACACUCAAUGACCCCCAACAGCAGUCGCUUCUCAGAUUGGCACAGGAAGGCAUCAGCGUCUAUUCUCCACACACAGCUGUAGAUUCUGUACCCGGAGGAAUGACAGAUUGGCUGUGCGAUGUUGUUACCGGAGCCAUCGUCUCGUCUUCGCCGGGCACUACCCCCCCUAGUAUAGAAAAGUCAUCUUCUCACAAUUACUCGCAUCCAGUAUAUCCGCAAUCGCAACGCUCUGUCUCUCCAGCUACUGCGCUCCCCCAUGUCCGCAGCACAAUUCACCCCUCUCCACCGCCGGUCCCAGAAGGGUUCGAAUCCGCCGGGGCCGGUCGUCUUGUCACUUUCUCUACUCCCCAGCCGCUUGCAGCUAUUAUUGAUCGUGUCGCUCAAGGUGUUGGCAACCCGGCCGGGAUCCCCGUAGCCUUACCUCAAUCGGCAUCCUUGGACACCAUGCAGAUCCGUACCGUUGGCAUAUGCCCUGGUUCUGGUUCCAGUGUCAUCCUCAGCCGCGACCGCGGUAAUAUUCCUGAUCUUGUAUUUACCGGCGAAUUGAGUCACCACGAUGCAUUGGCGGUGAUUGAACGAGGCUCUGCAGUCAUCGCGCUGUCUCACUCUAACACUGAAAGGGGAUAUUUACAUGCGGUCAUGCGGCAGAAGUUAGCGGAUUCUUUAAAAGGGGAGUGGGAGGCUGCCCGGAAAGCGGGUCUGGAAGCAUUGGGAGAGAACGCAAAGCAGGGAGGUGCUGGAACUGCCAGUGGCGUGGAGGAUGCACUCAGGGACGAUACGGUUGUCGUUGAUGUCAGCGAACGAGAUCGAGAUCCGUAUGGGAUUAUAGUCCGACAGUCAUAG